UCUCUUCCUUUCUUUUCCAGAACCAUUUGUGAUACUAGGUUUCUUUAUUCAUCAAUCAUCAUCAUCAGCCAUGGCUGCUCACUACUUGAUGUUUGUCAUGAUUUGUAGUUUGUUUCUUAGUCACCGCAAUCAGGUAACGGUAGUUCAAGCAGCUCGUUAUCUGUUGGAAACAACACCAACUGUUCCAGAGAUUCCCAAACUUACAUUAUCUAAACCUGAACUACCACCGUUACCCGAGUUCCCAAAUUUACCAAAGCCAGAGUUGCCAAAGAUUGACAUUCCGUCCUUACCGAAGCCAGAGUUGCCAACAUUGCCUAAGGUUGACAUCCCAUCUGUACCAAAACCUGAGCUGCCAUCAUUUCCAAAGAGUGAAAUUCCAUCUCUACCGAAGCUCGAACUGCCAUCAUUGCCAAAGACGGAAGCCGCAUCUUUAACCGCGAAGUCAGAGGUGCCAAAGCUUGGCGUUCCAACUUUGCCGAAAUUUGAAGUGCCUACUACUCUUCCAAUGCCCGAGCUACCAAAAACUCAAUUGCCGAAGCCUGAAAUUCCAAAUUCUGAAUUGCCAAAGCUGAAAUUACCCAACCCUGAACUGCCAAAGCCAGAAUUGCCCAAGACAGAACUCCCAAAUCUUGAAGUGCCAAAGACGGAACUCCCUAAGCCUGAAGUGCCUACUCUUCCAGCAAAGCCUGAGUUGCCAAAGCUUGAUGCUCCAACGUUGACGAAGCCUGAAUUGCCAAAGCUUGAUGGCCCUACUGACCUACCCAAACCUGAACUAGCACCAUUGCCCAAACUCGAAAUUCCAAAACUGCCGGAAUUGCCUUCUCUUCCGAAAUCCACACUUCCUCACACCCCUUGAUUAAAUAGUUCUCCCAAAUGAAGUGGUGGCACCUUUGGAGGCAAUGUGUUUACAUUUGAGUUUCUGAUUUUCGAGCUUUUUUAUCCAAUUUGGUUGAUGAUGAUUUAUGGUUCGUACACGUCAUAUAUAACUUGCUUGUCUUCAUAUUUUUCUUUAAGGUUUGGCUCAUAUUGAUGCCGUAUACUAUUGUUGUUUAAUUGCUAGAUUUGAAUAUGUUGGGUUUGCUUAUCCGGAGGGAGUUGUAUCUAUUGUAUUGAUCAUUCGGCAACAGUUCUCCGCGAGCAAUAUAAAUGAAUGAACUCUGUUUAAUACAAUAGAAUACAUAUAAUAUUGUUUAAAAUUGAUAU